AUGUUUUCCACAAAUCCUAAUUAUAGUAAAUUGAAAACUCAUUUAAGACUAUCUAUAAAUCGGUUGAAGUUGUUAGAGAAGAAAAAAACCGAAUUAGCCCAAAAGGCUCGAAAGGAAAUAGCAGAAUAUAUAGCUGCUGGAAAAACUGAGCGAGCUAAAAUUCGUGUGGAACAUAUUAUACGAGAGGACUACAUGGUGGAGGCGAUGGAAAUAGUUGAAAUGUAUUGUGACUUGAUUCUGGCAAGAUUUGGUCUAGUAACCCAGAUGAAAGACUUAGAUGAAGGCUUGGCUGAAGCUAUCUCCAGCUUAAUUUGGGUUGCACCCCGAAUGCACACUGACGUCCAAGAAUUGAAAGUAAUAUCUGAUUUACUGACUGCCAAAUAUGGUAAAGUGUUUGCAGAAGCAUGUCGUAGUGAAAGUGUGAAUUCCAUAAGUGAGAAGCUUCGACAUAAACUAUCAGUGCAGAGCCCUCCGAAGAUACUUGUCGAGAAGUACCUGAUUGAGAUUGCUAAGAAUUUUAAUGUUGACUAUACUCCUGAUGAACAAGUUAUGAGAGAGGAUGAGGGUCGUGAUGCAUUACUCAUUGAUGUCAGUGGUCCACCAAACCCACCUGGCUUUAUUGGAUACCCAAUAGCCCCUCCAAUACCCCAAAUGCCUAAUCUACCACCACCAACAGUUACACCUUUCAACUAUCCUAAUGUGCCAUCUGGUGGUAAGGCAGGUGGAUUCAUAGCGACGCUACCAAACUAUGGAGGUCCGAGUAAGCCCAUGUCAUAUAACAUACCACCCGGUGUCGACUCGAAAACGUUGGAUAACUCCUUUAUACAGGAGGAAAUGAGCAACCUACCACCUGCUUAUGACAGCAUUGAUCAUUCCUUGCCACCCAACCUUCCAAGCCCAAGCAAACCGCAGCCGCCGCAGCCUCAGCCACGUACCAGACCACCUGCGAACUACUUCCCAGAGUUGCCUGAACUACCCUCCGUCCCAUCGGAUAUAAUACUACCCUCAGUUCCGCAUAGUUCGAACUCAAACGUCUCCAACGAACCAAAUGCACCGGACGAGAUUGACUUCGAAGAUCUGAACAGGCGUUUUGAAGAGUUGAAGAAGAAGAAGUAA